AAAGCUGGAAGCUUCUACACAAAAGAAAUGAAGUCCUGGAUUCUGUUGGUACUGUGUAUAGCAUGUUGCACAGCAUUCCCCGCUAGGCUGCAAGCAGACAUAAAUAAGUACAAUGAAGAAUUUGCUAAGGAUUACUUGAAAAAAUUCUACAAAUUUAAGGAGGAUGUACACAAUAGUGCAUUUUUGGAUACAAUUCGUCAGAUGCAAGACGUUUUCGGAUUGGUGGUCAAUGGAAGACUAGAUGAAGAAACCAUGGAAUUAAUGAAACAACCUCGCUGUGGUGUCCCUGAUGUUGGCAGUUUUAGCAUCUUUGGAGGAAAUGCCGCGUGGAAGAAAAAAGACCUGACGUACAGAAUUCAGAACUAUAUCCCACAAAUGACCAGAGAUGAGGUGGACCAGGCCAUUCAGAAGGCUUUCAAAGUCUGGAGUGAUGUCACCUCUCUUACCUUUACCAGAAUCUAUGACGGUGUCUCCGAUAUAGAGAUGCUGUUUGCAUCUAAAGAUCAUAAAGAUUUUCUCCCGUUUGAUGGCCCAUCUGGUGUUCUGGCACAUGCACUUGCCCCUGGAGAUAACAUGGGGGGAGAUGUACAUUUUGAUGCAGAUGAGAAAUGGACAAGUGGAUCAGCUGGUGUAAACUUGUUCCUUGUGGCUGCUCAUGAGCUUGGCCAUUCUCUUGGGCUUGACCAUUCAAAAGAAUCGAAUGCCCUUAUGUACCCAACCUACCGUUACAUCAAUCCCAAUACAUUCCAGCUUCCUCAGGAUGACAUCAGUGGAAUCCAAUCAUUAUAUGGACCAAAAGAAACAAUUGUGCCAACAAAAGCAAGUGCAUCGACAAAAGCAAACAUCCCAAUAAACUGUCAGGAACAAAUAUCUUUUAAUGCAGCCACAACACUGCGUGGGGACAUUCUAUUCUUUAAAAAUAGAUACCUUUUGCGCAAGAUUGCAGGUAAACCAGAAGCUGAGCAGUAUGAGAUCAAUUCAUUCUGGCCUUCCCUUCCAACUGACAUUGAUGCAGCCUAUGAAUAUCAGAAAAAGGACCGGGUUCUUCUCUUUAAAGGAACAAAAUACUGGGUUCUAAGAGGCUACACAAUUGAGGAGGGUUUCCCUAAGAACAUCUUCGACCUUGGCUUUCCCUUGAGUGUAACGCAAAUUGAUGCGGCCGUCCACAAUGAAGAAACAGGGAGAACAUACUUCUUUGUUAAUGAUCGAUAUUGGAGUUAUAAUGAAGAAAAGUCACAAAUGGAUAAAGACUCUCCUCAGAGAAUCGGUAUUGGUUUCCCUGGUGUUGGAAACAAGGUGGAGGCAGCCUUUCGAUCAAAUGGAAUGCUCUAUUUGUUCAGUGGGAAUCAGCAGUAUGAAUUCAGCACAACAAACAAGAAAGUCACUCGUCUGCUAAAGUACACCAGUUGGUUGAACUGCUGAUCCAGACACACCAGCUGUGAUACAAACUCAAGUGUCUUCAUUAUUUGCUUACAUGUGACUUCAUUUUUAAUUUAUUUAAUAAUAUCUAUUUCUGUUGUCUUCUAUGUUAAAUUAUUUGAUAUGUCUUGAUAUAUAAUAUAUUUUCUACUUAAUAUAUUUUUUGCUCAAAUACA